GAAACUGCGUGCCCGUGUUUCCCGUCGGUUUUAUCCGACGUGCCAUGCCAUAGCGGUGCUCCGUCCAGAUCGUGGGACGUACACACAACCGCACGGUCUCGAUCGCGAAUCGUCGGUUUCCGCCAGUGCAACACGUUUUCUAAGAGAAAAAAAUAGAAAGAAAAAGAAACACAGCGGAAAUAGAAAUCGACAUUGAAAUCUGUCUGUUGCGUUGUGUUCUACGUGUGUGUACCCGCGUCGCGCGCGCGCGCGCGCAAGUUGAAGUCACUGUACUUUUGCACGUGCGACAUCUCGAUCGCGUUCUGUUGCUCUUCGACUUUCUUCGCGAGCGUUCCGGUGGUCUCGCGUUUUACAAUCAAUCCUCGCGGCAAUCGAUCCGAACACGUCGACUUGCAUCAACGUCGAUUUCCGGAUAGGUUUGAGCGACGGAACGGCCGAGUGUGACGUUGGCAAAAAAAGCGUUUGAGAAGAAAGAAGAAAUAGAAAGAAAAGCAAAAGUGUGAAUAACCGGAAGGAAACGGAAGAUAAGGGAAGUGAAGGAUACACGAAAUUUUGUUUACGCGAGAAAUCGGAUCGGUCGAUAAAAAUCGGCCUCUCGACGGUAACAAGCUUUGGUGGAAAAACAAAAUUAACAAAAUUGCAGAUAGAAAGUGAAUCGAUGUAGUAUUUUUGCAACAAUCUCGCAAGUUUUCUAUUUUGCACAAAAAAAGUGGAAGUGAAGAAUCUUUCCGCUUCAAUUCUAACCGAGUUAGAAUUGAACUUCCGACAUAAGUGUAUAAUAUUGGUGCAGAAAAUUGUGCUUUUCGUCGUAUCGUAAUUAAUAAAAUUUUUAUAUUCAAGUGCGAAAAUUUCAACGCGUGUUCGCGCGAUGUUUCAACGCCCUUAACUCGAGAUGUUACCUUCAUUUUGCGCGCUCAUCAAGUCGCACAUUCUCGAGAGGAACAUUUAAAAAAAAUUUAAGAAACAUAAAAAAAAAAAAAAAAUCAAACUCCUUGUAUGCGCAGGCGAGCGAAAUUUUUUUCGAUACGAUUAAACUUCGGCAAAUCGUUCGCGAUCACUAUGUGAUAAAUCGAAGAGUAUCUUCGCGAUAGACUGUGUGUGUGUGUGCGAGUUAAAUUACGCAUCGCGUAUAACGGGGAUAGACAAAAACGGGAGAAAAAGAAAGUGGAAAGUAAAUUAAUAUACGAAGCUGUGCUCGGCGCGUACUCGUUCAUCGUUUGUCGGAUGAUUUUUCGAUGAAAUUGAUUUAAAUCACCGCGGAGAUCGCACGCGAUCGUGCACCAUCUGCGACCUACUCAAAUGUAGUUGACCGGUCAAGGAUUUUUCUUUGCCUCGUCGAGAGUCGUAACGGAAGAUUAAUUCGUAAUUAUGAGACGAACGGUGCUACUUACCGCGUGCCUCUUCGGCUUCGUCUUAGCGGGAAGUCCGAGGCUGCCUCGAACGUCUGCCGAUCAGCGUGGCACGCGUAGCGCAGCAGCAAGCCAUAAUAAUAGCACCGCCACCGGCGCCACGCUACAAUCGUCAUCCUCUCGCAAUACACAGCGAAAUAGGGAGCAAUAUCUCUUCAACGUGUUCGAGGUGAUAGUAUCGACCUUGGAGUCCAAGUUGCAGCGAAUCGAGAAUCUAGAUAAAGCGGUUGAACAUCUGAUGAGAAGGGUGGAGGCGUUGGAUUCGCGCGUUAACGACAACAUUGACAAAACGGACGCGGUCAUUACCAAACUCAGAACGUUAGAUCUGAAACUGUUCAAUUCGUAUCCUCCCAUUAUGUCAGCGGAGGCCUUUCACGCGGCCAGAAUCACCGAAAACAGAAGCGGAAGCCACGCCGAGGACAUCCCGUUGCUUCGCGUGAUCCACUCCGAUAGGGACAACGAUCGCACUCCGGAAACCCUCGGCGAGAAAUUGCUCUCCCUGGAUCAGAAGGUGUCCGAUAUCGAUAACAAACUGGUCAAUCUCAAGAAUCAGCUCGACAACAAUUUUCUGCAAAACGACGACAUAAACGCGGAGGCGAGCGAGAAGAAACCGGUCAGCAUGAGCGUGAUCGAGAUCACGAAGGCGAUGAGCAACGAGGUGAUGAACCACAUGUCGAUCGAGAUCGAGAAUCUCAGACAGGCGACCGGCAAUAUGGAUCGGAAGUUGCAGUUUCACAUGAACGUGGUGUCGGACAAUCUCGGGUCGGUUUACAAUAUGAUCAGCGACGUGCACGAGGCCAUAGUCGAGAAGAAUCACGGGAACGAGAAGCGAAACAAUCGUUUGAAUCUUACGACGACCGAGGCCCCGACUACGACGAGUAAGCAGGGCAAGAUCGAUCGUCUAGUCGAGCAAAUGUAUCCGAUGCUGACCGUUUCCGAGAAGAUGGAUCAAGUUUGGAACGUGGUGAUAGGGACCAAGAGCUCGGUGGACGACUUGUUGCCGAAAUCCGACGAAUUGCUCACUCAGACGCAGAGGCAGGAACGGGCGAUCAGCGAAAUUCACGCGGAUUUGCGAUCCAAAACGAACAAGAUCAUCGAGAAUCUGGAGGGUGUCGAAAGCCGAUUGAGGAAACAGGAGGAUGACGUGGCCACGCUCGCGCAACGACCGAUUCCGGCCGAGCUGUUAUUAGAUCCGACGAUCGAUCGGCUCGUUGAGUACGAUCCGACCAGGUACGUCAGUAUAACCGAAGACUUCGUAACGGAAAUACCCACGACGUCCACGACGCUGCCCACCGCCGCACCACCCCUGUCGACCACAACGUCAAUGUCGUCCGUCGCGUCGCCCUCAAACAACAAUCCCACCGUCUCGACGACACCCAUGACGGCGACGUCUUCGAGCACCACCUCUCGUUCCAGCAACAGAAAUCGCGGCGUCAUAUUCCCGAGCGUCAAGAAUAAACCGAGUUUAGCGAAUUCCACCUUUACCAGCGACAUAUUACUCAACUAUAAGGAUGUCAAGGGUUACUCCUGCGUGGAUUUAUUGAACGCGGGGAUGAGGGACAGCGGCGUGUAUUAUCUGCAAAUACGCGGCACCACCUACUGGUUCCUCAAGGUCUACUGCGAACAGGAAAUCGCCGACGGUGGCUGGACGAUUAUUCAGAGGAGGGACGAUUUCGGAGAUCCAAGGGAGAACUUCAACAGAGACUGGGCGGAUUACAAAAACGGAUUCGGCGAUCCCGCGAAAGAGUUCUGGUUGGGCAACGAAAACAUAUACAUGUUAACGAACAACGAAGACUACAUGCUGAGGGUUGAACUUGAAGACUUCGAAGGUAACAAAAGAUACGCUCAGUAUUCGCACUUCAAAAUCUAUUCCGAGGGAGAAUAUUACAAAUUGGAAAUAGACGGUUACGAAGGAAACGCCGGAGAUUCUUUGAACGAUCCUUGGUACGGAUCGAACAAUAGUCCAUUUUCCACGUACAACAGGGACAACGACAGAUCGUCUUUGAACUGCGCCUCGAUGCUCAAAGGUGGCUGGUGGUGGAAAUCGUGCGGACGCGGUCUGAACGGUCUUUACUUGAACGAUCCGCAGGAUCUCACCGCGCGGCAAGGUAUCGUGUGGUUCCGCUGGAGAGGCUGGGAUUACACCCUAAAACGCGCGAUGAUGAUGAUCAAACCGAAAGGUCCGAUGACAACGACGACGACAACGACAGUGUGAAACGUCGAAACUGUUUCCUCAAGUUUCGAGAAGCGUUAAAUUAAUUGAAAUUUCUCUGACAAUCGUCAAUAGUAACAAUUCUUUUGUAAUUAACACAGCACUUGAACUUAUUGCAGAUAUGUGAAUCACCAUAGAUCGAUAUGGAUGUUUUCUUCAAGGCACCUCUCAUUUUCACUUAAUUAAUUAAAAACCAAAAAAAACCCAAAAAAA